GCAGUAAACAGAAAAAUGUCAAAUUAUUAUACUUUUAGCCUGUUUUUACAAAUAUGAACAUGUAAAUGUUAGAAAUAAUCUGUAAUUAAAAAAGAACAGGGAAAUUCUGUAAAAUAGGUUAAUUUUCCACAUUUUAAACAAGAGCAAGGCCCUUAACCCUUCCUGCUCCAGGGGCCAGUGUCUCUUUGUGGUCGUUUUAGCUCUUUGUGGUCAUUUUGUGUCUCUGUGGUGGUUUUAUCUCUUUGUGGCCAUUUUGUGUGUCUUUGUGGUCAUUUUGUGUCUUUUUGUGGUUGUUUUAUCUCUUUGUGGUCAUUUUGUGUCUUUUUGUGGUUGUUUUAUCUCUUCGUGGUCAUUUUGUGUGUCUUUUUGGUCCUUUUGUGUGUCUUUGUGGUCGCUUUGUGUCUCUGUGGUCAUUUUGUGUGUAUUUGUGAUUGUUUUGUGUCUCUGCGGUCAUUUUGUGGAUUACAUGUCUUCAGCUGUUUGACUUUUAGGUAAUUCAAAAGAAUUCAGAUUUGAUACCAUUUUUCCCAAUCAAAUGGACUGUAUUACCUGUUAUUUUUAAUUAGUCACAUCACACAAAAACAAUACUUUAAAAUGCCUAUUAAUAACAACAGUCCUUAUGUUUGUCAUAAUCUUUAUCUUCUUCACCCUCACUUAGUCCUACUUCACGUUUCUAUGUUAUAUUAGCUGCUGUUGUGCUUAUUUACCUGUUUAAAGAGUCACAGCUAAGAAGCAACGAGCAGGAUUCGAUCCGACGACCUCAGGGUUCGUUUCCGGUAGUUUCUUGGUAGUCCAAAUAAAGCCAUUGUUUCCGGCAGCGCAGUGAAGACGAGCUGUUAUUGGCUGAUUGGUCCCAGCUUGCCGAUGAUUGGCUCAUUCACUGCCGCAGUCAGUAACAGCCAAUCAUCUGCGGUCAGGUGCGCACUGCGGCUAUCAGGGUCACAUCAAGGCCUUUGAUUUCCGGCGCCGUAGCAUCGUAGCAAGGACGGAGUUUCUCACCGUACACCGUUAAAUGAAGGAUUAAACCAUCGCGCCGGGUGUCUUCACCUGCUCCCGGUUCAGCUGCCCAGAGAGAAGCAGAGUUUAACCGUGUCUGGUAUCAUGUUGUACCUCCACCACUCUCUUAAGAUCUUUCCUCACCCCCGGAGUCACCGUUAUCGAGGAUGGAGGCUGCAGACUGGGUGCAGCUCGAUAACGGAGCAGUGAUUCUACAACAACAAGCCAACUAACGGGACAUAAAGGGAACAGAAAGACGACUAACGAACUAAUCAGAGGAAGAAAGUCUCAGCGGCAGGUUGAUAAUGGUGCUGCUCAGGACGUCUGUGGUCUUUCUGCUUCACCUGGCCUUCUCUCUGGCGGCUCCGGUGCCGUGUGAGGAGAAGGUGGUCCGGCUGGAGGCGGAGAUCCAGAACCUGAUGAGCGUGAUCAACGACCAGCACCGGUACAUCCUGGAGCUCCACAGCAGCCAGGCCCAGCAGCUGCAGCACAUCCCCAACUCUCAGCUGGGUGUGGACAACCUGUACAGAGACUGCUCCGAGGUGUUUGCAGACGGUAACGUGGCCAACGGGCUCUACGUCAUCCGUCCAGACGGAUCUCCCACAGCGCUGAGCGUCUACUGCGACAUGAACAACGGAGGAGGCUGGACCGUCUUCCAGCGCAGGAGAGACGGCAAAGAAAGUUUCGACAGAGCCUGGGUGGAGUACAAGCAUGGGUUCGGUGAUCUGUUCUCCCCCGACGGAGAGUUCUGGUUGGGCAACGAGCCUCUGCACCACCUCACCUCACAAGGAAAUUACGAUCUUCGCAUCGACAUGGAGGACUUCGAGGGAAAUCAACGCUACGCAGAGUACAAGAACUUCAAAGUGGACGACGAAAAGGACCAGUACCAGCUACAUUUGGGGGAGUACUCUGGGAACGCUGGCGACGCUCUGAACGAAGCCCACAAGCAGAGGUGGAACGGUCCCUGUUUGAUUCCCAGCGGUGUCAAAUUCAGCACCUACGACCACCCCAACGAGGUGGAGCCCGAUCCCGACGACGUCCGGUGCAUCCGGCACAGCAAGUCCGGCUGGUGGUUCAGCAAGUGUGACUCGGGGAACCUGAAUGGCCAUUACCACGACGGGCCGUACAAGGCGAUGACGGACGACGGCGUGGUGUGGUACACGUGGCACGGCUGGUCCUACUCCAUCAAAUCUGUGGUGAUGAUGCUGCGAGCCGCCGACCUGGAGGCGCACCUGGACGACGGCAGCAAGGUGGCUGGCAGCACCGUGGCUCCGCCUCCGCCUCCUCGCGGUCAGUAAGGUCCGAACACUGAAGCUGGAAAAGCUUCACACACGUGAAACCUCGAAAUAAAAACCAGGGUGGCUUCAAUCUGA